GCAAAAAGAAAGCAGAGUAAUCUGAAUCGGUACGAUUCAUUCGAGUAGAAUCAUUUGUCAAACCAUUCAAAUAUAUGGAGGCUUUUUGCCAUUCACUAACGAAUAUGGUGAACGCUGUAACUUCUUAUCCAACAGUUUUUUGGCUAUCAAUGUCCGGAACUAAAUUUCGUUCUAUGAAUGACAUUUGGUUUUGACGUUGACGUUAUGAUUUGAGGUUAUAAUAAUGUAAAUAGUAGCAAAAAUCACAUUCAAACUGAUUUCAAAAAAAUAAUACCGAAUAUAUAAUCAAAAUGUACAUAAAUAUACAAAAAAUCAGUUUCAUGAAAACAUUAUAUCGGUUAUAUAGCACCAUUAAGAAAAUCCAAGACAUUCCUAUUGAACGAAUCAGAAAUAUUGGGAUUCUGGCUCACAUAGAUGCAGGUAAAACAACAACGACAGAGAGAAUGCUAUACUUUUCUGGCUUGAUUCAACACAUGGGCGAAGUGCAUCAUGGUAACACAGUAACAGAUUAUAUGACCCAAGAAAGAGAAAGGGGAAUAACCAUAACUUCCGCAGCUAUCACAUUUUAUUGGAAGAAACAUCAGUUCAAUUUGAUUGAUACACCAGGUCAUAUUGAUUUCACCAUGGAAGUUGAACAGACAUUGAAUGUUUUGGAUGGGGCUGUAGUUGUUUUAGAUGGCUCAGCAGGUGUUGAAGCACAGACAUUGACAGUUUGGAGGCAGGCUGAUAAAUAUAAUAUUCCCAGAAUAAUUUACGUCAAUAAGAUGGACCGAGGAGAUGCAGACAUUUCAAUGUGCUGUGAAUCUAUUGAAAAAAAGUUAGAUACACCUAGUUUACUCAUUCAGUUACCCGUCGUAGAAGAUGGAAAAUUUAAGGCUGUCAUAGAUAUAUUGAAUAUGGAAUUGAUGUUUUAUAGUACAAAAGAAAAAGCCGUGAAUAAAGCGCCCAUUACAAAAUCUAGUCAUCCAAGGUACUGGAAUGAUGCAAAAUUAGCUAGAUCAGCACUCAUUGAUAAACUGACGGAAUAUGACGAUAAACUGGCCGAAAAUGUCAUAAAAGCAAAUUCUCUAGACAAUAUUAAUACCAGCGAUAUUGUAGAGGCUCUUAGGAAUGUCACUUAUAAACAGGCGGCAGUUCCAGUUAUGCUAGGCAGUUCAUACAAAAAUGUUGGAGUACAAUCUGUGAUGGACGCAGCCAUUUUGUAUCUACCUUCGCCAAAUGAAAGAAAUAAGCAUUAUAAAGCUUUCGGAGAUCACUUGUGUGCAAGAGCGUUCAAAGUAACGCACGACAAACACAAAGGCCCCCUAGUGUUUUUUAGAAUCUACAAUGGAACCCUUAACAAAGGACAAAAGAUUUACAGUAUCCAACAAGAAUGUUCUGAGCAGGCAGGAAAGUUGUACAUAGCUUUUGCGGAUGAUUUCGAGGAAGUUGAGUCUGUCAAAAAUGGAAAUAUUGCUGUACUAACAGGAUUGAAGAAAAUCAUGUCCGGUGAUAUCGUUACAAAUUCAGCGACAGCCAGUCAGCGAGCAAAAAAGUCUAUGUUGGAGCAUAACAAACAGAAAGGGAGGACUCAAGAUGAAAAAGACAUCGACAAGCUACUGGGAAUAGGAGUAACUCCCCCAGAACCCGUAUUUUUCUGCUCAAUCGAACCAUCAAGCUUAAGUCAACAGACAGCUCUAGAGAACGCCCUCUAUGAGUUGCAGAGAGAAGAUCCCAGUCUGAGAGUCACUCAUGAUCCUGAAACUGGUCAGACUGUUUUGGCAGGUAUGGGAGAAUUACACUUGGAAAUAAUCAGAGACAGAAUUCUGAAAGAAUACAAGGUGGACGCAGAUCUGGGACCUCUGCAAAUCGCUUAUCGUGAAUCCCCUAUCAGCAGAGCAACAGAUAGUUUCGUACUCGAAACCAAAAUAGGGACCAGCAAGCAGUUUGUAAAUAUAAGAUUAUCUUUAAUACCAUUGGAGAAUGAAAGUUCGAAAAAAGAUAUUUUGGCAUUUGAUAAGACACCAGAUGCAGCUAGUAAUAUCGCGGCCAUAUUUCCCAAACAUAUGCUUGCGGUUAAGCAAGGAAUUGAAGUGGGGCUAGCCCACGGACCAAAAGUUGGAUGUCAGGUUGUUAAUGCUCAAAUUAUGUUACACCAUUUGGAAGUUGGCAGAGGUACGUCGGACACAAUGAUCGCGGCUGCUGCGACGCAAUUAGUUCAAAAGUUGCUGAAAGAUUCAGGAGCGAACAUCUUGGAACCUGUAAUGCAUUUAGAAAUAGUAGUGCCAGAGGAAGUUUUGACACCAGUAUUGGCAGAUAUUUCUAGGAGAAGAGCUGCUAUAAGUACUGUUGCUUUAAGAGGUACAGGAAAGAUUUCCCCGAACAUUUGCCCUGAAGACUGCUAGAGGAUAUAGAGGUUGGUCAGUGGGAAAGUUCACACUUCAAAUUUGAAUUAGGCGCCAAUGGUAUACGCGAGGAAGUAGGGAGAGGUCAUCAUGGAACGUCGGACCAGAGCACAACGUGCUUUUGUUAUCGAGGCUUACUUUAAGACUGGUGACUCAUACGCAGCUGCCCUUCCGAAAUUUUGUACACGGUAUAACAUUCGCUGACCAAAAGAUGCCCCAAGUAAGAACCUAUUGAAGAAGAGGAUUAAGAGGUUCCGUGCAUCAGGCUCUAUUCUUAGUCGAGCCAUUCCUGGCUCCACACCUACUGUAUCAACCGAAGAAAAUGUGCGUCGACUAAUCGUUGCCAAAGCACCUCUAGCUGAACUGCUGGGAUACUCUACAAUGUUGAGAACUAUAACGUCCGGUACAGCUACUUUCACAAUGGAAUUCAGCGAGUACCAAAUGAUGUCUCAGGAUAGCGAGAUGAACGCUAUAAAGAGCGUCAGGGGAUUUUAGUGAAUUUUUUAAUUAGCGAAGUCAUUUGUUAUAUAUUGUUAAGAUAAUGUCAUUAUGUAUGAAUAUAGACUUUUAUAUUUUGAA